AAAGCCUCGGGGGACUCACUGGAGAAGCCAUAUCGAUCGAUCCUUCAUCUGUGCUACUAGUGACUAGUGAUCAGCUCCUCAUUACUUACUUUGAUCGAUCCAUCAAACAUUGUAUAUAUUGCAUUGUACGCGCGUACGUACCAAGAAAGAAAGAAAGAAAGAAGAAUAUGUAUAUGUAUAUGCAGCAGGCGAUGCCGAUGGUGGUGUGUGGGCGGCCGUCGUGGGGAGAGAAGCAGAUGAUGAUGAGGGGGAGGAGGAGGCAGGUGAUGGUGGUGGUGGCGGCGUUCAAGAGCAGGAGCAAGGCGGCACCGGCACCGGCGAAGAGGCAGAAGGUGGCGGUGGAGGACGGCAUCUUCGGGACGUCGGGCGGCAUCGGGUUCACCAAGGAGAACGAGCUGUUCGUGGGCAGGGUGGCCAUGCUGGGCUUCGCGGCGUCGCUCCUUGGCGAGGCGGUGACCGGGAAGGGCAUCCUGGCGCAGCUCAACCUGGAGACGGGCAUCCCCAUCUACGAGGCAGAGCCGCUGCUGCUCUUCUUCAUCCUCUUCACGCUGCUGGGAGCCAUCGGGGCGCUGGGCGACCGCGGUCGCUUCGUGGACGACGCCACCGGGAUCGAGCGCGCCGUCAUCCCGCCGGGGAAGGGCUUCAGGGCGGCGCUGGGGCUCCGCGAGGGCGGCCCGCUCUUCGGCUUCACCAAGGCCAACGAGCUCUUCGUGGGCCGCCUCGCGCAGCUCGGCAUCGCCUUCUCCCUCAUCGGCGAGAUCAUCACCGGCAAGGGCGCCCUGGCGCAGCUCAACAUCGAGACGGGCGUCCCCGUCAACGAGAUCGAGCCGCUCCUCCUCUUCAGCAUCCUCUUCUUCUUCUUCGCCGCCAUCAACCCGGGAACCGGCAAGUUCGUCACCGACAACGACCAAGACCAAUAGACGACUAUAAAAUUCUACUUAUACAAUCAUUAAAUGUAUUUAUAUUAUUAGUAUUCUGCACUAGUAUCAUAUAAUAGUCAGUGCAUUUGUCGCAAUAUGUGCUAUAGUGAUGGUGUGUACGUGCAACUGAGGUUAGUUGUUGUGAAGAUUCCGAUAUUUGUUUU